AUGAUCAUUCAUAACAAAACGAGCCUCGAAGUAAGAGAGAGUUUACCGAAUCAUUCCUUUAGUUCGAAAAUGAUCGCCAUUGCAAUAUUUCUAGCUUUGUUCUUUGCUCAUGAUCAAUUAAGUUUUUCAGAGGCACAACUCCAAUUUGGGUUCUACUCAGAUACAUGUCCAUCAGCAGAAUCCAUCGUACGUGACGUGGUUCAACAAGCAGUGACCAAGGACCCUGGAAAUGCUGCUGUCUUACUCCGUCUCCACUUCCACGAUUGCUUUGUUGAGGGUUGUGAUGGGUCUAUUCUAAUCAAACACAAAGUAAAUGAUGACGAGAGGUUUGCUCCGGGUAAUGCUGGCGUGGGUGGUUUCGAUGUUAUAGAUAAUGCUAAAUCAGAGCUUGAACGUUUGUGUCCAGGCGUUGUGUCUUGUGCUGACAUCGUUGCUCUUGCUGCUAGGGACGCUGUCGUUGCGGCAAAAGGACCUUUUUACGAGGUUCCAACAGGUCGAAGAGAUGGCCUGACAUCAGAUAAGAGAAACGCUGCGAACUUGCCAGAUGUUGAAGAUUCCAUAAACAUUUUGAAAUCAAAAUUCAGAGAAAAGGGGCUUUCAGAUAAAGAUCUUGUACUUCUUAGUGCUGGUGCACAUACUAUCGGUACCACAGCAUGUUUCUUUAUCAUGUCACGCUUAGAUGCUCAAGAUUCAACGUUAAAUCCCGAGUUUUUCCAAGUGCUGAGAUCAAAGUGUCCGAGAGGUGGCGAUGUGAAUGUAAGGAUACCGUUGGAUUAAAGCCAGUUUUUGUUCGACGACCAAAUAUUCAGGAACAUCAGAGAUGGCAAAGGAGUUAUCAAAUCGGAUUCUGUACUGUACCAAGACAAUGACAUGAAGAAUAUAAUUGAUUCGUAUUUGGCAAGGAACGAGAGUUCGGAGGCUAAUUUUGCUGCGGAUUUUGCUGAAGCUGUGGUAAAGAUGGGUGCCAUUGGGGUGAAGACUAAUGUUGAAGGAGAGAUCAGACGCAUAUGCAAUGCUACAAAUUAGUCUCGAUCUAUGAUUCUUAAGAUCAUGAUAAA